AUGGUUUGUGCAGGUCAAGGUUGCCGAAGCUCUGAGGCUCGUUCGUUCCGCAUUCGCUGCAACUUCAGCCACGCGGCGAGGGAUGACCCCAUCGUCUUCCCUGGGCAGCCCGGGAAGUCCCACCUGCACGACUUCCUCGGCAGCACGAUCACCAAAGCCGACACCAUCGAUGCCAGGAAGUUGGUGGGCAGCAAGACAACGUGCGGGCUGAAGGCGGACUCAGCGGCGUACUGGUUCCCGUCCAUGUUCAUGCGCACCAACCAGAAGAACGCCAAGGGCCAGUACAUCUACAAGCACCUGAAGCCCAACUGGACGCUCUUCUAUUACCGCACGUCCGUCAAGAAUCCGGAAACCAUCCAGCCCUUCCCGCGGGGCUUCCGCAUGCUCACAGGCAACCCGUUCGCAGGCAAUAAGCAAGCCAACGACAUGGCGAACGUGGAAUGCCCGGAUCACCGCAGCCAUGUGGUGCACAUCCCGCUCAACACCACGUGUCCGUCGUCGCACCCCGUGGCGCUGCCGCGCAUCAGCAUCAAGAUGUACUACCCCGUCGACACGGAUCUCGACCUCACGUGGCCUGAGAACGGCAUCAAGGGCAACCCCGCCGUGUUCCUCUCCACCAUACAGAGCGGCGGCACGGGCAGCCCUUUCGAGUAUCACAGCGACUUUAUCAACGGAGAGGAUGAGCGGGAGGAUCAGCUUGGCGGAGAUCUGCCUCAGGCCGCCGAUCAGUCAGCGCAGCUGGCGGCGGAUCUGGCGGGGAACGGGUGGCUCAGCACGCGGCGCACGAAGCUGGUGUGCACCAUCGGGCCGGCGUGCUGCGGCUUCGAGCAGAUCGCGGCGCUGGCGGAGGGCGGCAUGAACGUCGCGCGCAUCAACAUGUGCCACGGCACGCACGCCUGGCACCGGCAGGUGAUUCAUGACAUACGGCGGCUGAACGAGGAGCGCGGGUACAGCGUGGCGGUGAUGAUGGACACGGAGGGCAGCGAGAUCCACAUGAGCGACCUGCAGGGCGCGCCCUCCGCUAAAGUCGCGGAGGGCGAUGUGUGGACGUUCACGGUGCGCAAGUUCCCCGAGGGCAUGGCGCUGCCGCCCAACACAGUGCACGUCAACUAUGACGGCUUCAUCGACGACGUGCGGGAGGGGGACGAGUUGGUGGUGGACGGGGGCAUGGCGCGGCUGCAGGUGGCGGCGCGCAUGGGGCCUGACGUGGUGUGCAGUGUGCUGGACCCGGGGCUGCUGCUGCCGCGCGCCAACCUCACCAUCUUCCGCAACGGCCAGCUCGUGCGCGCCACCAACGCCAUGCUGCCCACCAUCUCCUCCAAGGACUGGAUAGACAUAGACUUCGGCAUAGCGGAAGGGGUGGACUUCAUCGCCAUCUCCUUCGUGCGCUCGCCUGAGGUCGUCACUCACCUCCGCAGCUACGUCAACGCCCGCUCGCCCUCCCGCCCCAUAGCGCUGAUAGCCAAGAUAGAGAGUGUGGAGGCGGUGGGGCGGCUGGAGGAGAUCAUAGCGGCGUCAGACGGAGCCAUGGUGGCGCGGGGCGACCUGGGCGCGCAGGUGCCGCUGGAGGAGGUGCCGGGCGUGCAGCAGGACAUGGUGGACCUGUGCCGCGCGCUCAACAAGCCCGUCAUUGUCGCGUCGCACCUCCUCGAGUCCAUGAUCGAAUUCCCCAUCCCCACCCGCGCUGAGGUGGCGGACACAGCAGAGGCAGUGCACCAGCAGGCGGACGCGCUGAUGCUGUCGGGGGAGUCGGCCAUGGGGCAGUUCCCCCUCAAGGCGCUGGACGUGCUGCGCACCGUGGCGCUGCGCUUUGAGGCCAUCGAGGAGGGUCAGGGCGAGUACCAAGGCGGCCCGGGUGCGGCGGCCACGGAUGGGCGCACAGCGGUGGAGCGCGUGGCGCUGCUGCCCGAGCUGUCGCACUCGCUCCGGGACCGCAUGUCCGAACAGAUCUGCGCUGCUGCCGCCCAGAUGGCCAUGCGUCUGGGGGCAAAAGCAAUAAUUGCCUUCACCCAGAGGGGGUACAUGGCGUCGUUGCUCUCCCGCUGCCGCCCCAACUGCCCCAUCUUUGCCGUCACGCCCUCCCAGGCGGUGAGGCAGCACAUGAGUGUGUACUGGGGCCUCGUGCCAUUCCGUCUCGACCUCUCAGACGAUGCCGAGGACAACAUGAGGCGAGCCUUUGCCGUGCUCAAGGCGAGGGGUCUGGCAGCGGAGGGGGAUCUCAUCAUCGCCGUGUCUGACAUGGCGGGUGCACACGAGGCCGUGGGGGCCAGGCAGAGCGUGCACGUCCGCAAGGUGCUCUCACGCGCUCAGGUGCUGUCAGGUGCUGAGGUGCUGUGA